AUGAUCUAUGUUUAUCCUACUUUUAAAGAUAUGAAAAAUUUGAAUGCUUAUGAAUAUCUUUGUCUUCUUGCUAUACAUAAAUAUCUUAAUACAAUUUUUAAUAAUGAAGAGUUAUAUUCUUGUAUAAAAUUGAGUCUUGAAAUAUCACAACAAGUCUUUCAACAUGGUCCAUGGAUGGCACACCAUAUUCAUGAUACUAAUCAUGGUGCUUUCACAAAUGAUGCAUUAUGUGCUAAAAAUAUAAACCUUUCUCCUAGUAAUAAACAGUUAAAAUUACAUGAUAGUUGGUUUAUUAAUGCACAAGAUAAAUAA